AUGCCACAAAGCUAUGACUACGAUGAGAGCUCGGAGACUUGGCCGUUUUUCAUUUUAGCCGUUUUAUGUGUGGUUUUAGUACCAUUAACGGCAAUGCAACUGUGGGAACUGGUUUCAGGAAAGAAAAGUGAGCAGCAUUUAAAAGACCAAGCAUCAAUCUUGGGUGAGAUGUCGGAGCAAUACGCGAGUCGUGAAAUUCUUGAAUUCAGAGCGAAAGCUAUGGCGAAAAAGUCUAAAUGGCUUGCCAAACGCAACCUUUUCAUUAUUGCAGGCUGGACUGUAGUGGCAUACUUGGUGCAAUAUAUCGGUUCUAAUGAAGAGAUUCAGGAUGCAGCAACCCUUCUGUUUGAUCCAUAUGCGCUACUGGACAUAUCUACAUCCUCAACUGAUCGUGAGGUUCGCUCCGCAUAUCGUAAACUCUCCGUCAAAUUUCAUCCGGAUAAACUUUCCAAGGACUUGAGCUCUGAGCAGCGUUCUGUGCUUGAAGAACAAUAUGUGUUGAUUACCAAGGCUUACAAGUCGUUAACAGACGAGAUUACACGCGAAAAUUACCUCAAAUAUGGCCAUCCAGACGGUCCACAAGCCAUCUCGCACGGAAUUGCCUUGCCAAAAUUUUUGGUCGACAGUUCUGCUUCCACAAUUAUGAUUUUAACAUAUAUCGCUCUCCUAGGACUUGUCUUGCCCUACUUUGUGAGCAGAUGGUGGUCUAGAACACAAUCUGUGACCAAAAAGGGCAUUCACGUCAAGUCUGCAUCCUAUUUCUCUGACCGUCUUUUCAAUUACAAGCCUUCACAAGUGGUAACCUUGGAUCUCAUUAUAGAAUGGCUGUCGCAUGCUGAAGAAUUCAAGCUUAUGUUUCCUGAACUCAACGAAAAAACUUUCGAAACUUUGCUACAUGACCAGAUCAACCGUAAGCAUAGCGGAAACCUUGAAACUGCAAAGCUCAGAAUUGUAGCUAAAAGCAACGUUCUUUUGUUUGGAUUGUUAGAUAUCGCAACCACGUUCCGCAACUUGGAAAUUUCAAACAUGACAAUUGACACUUUAAAAGCCGUUGUUCAAGCAACCCCAAUUUCGCCAUAUUCACAACUUCUCCAGCUUCCUAAUGUCAAUGCAGAAAGCUUGACAGAGGGCUCCGUGGACGACAUUCGUACCAUUGGUAAGCUAUUCACGUACGAGGAUGCCAAGAUCGGCAAAAUAUUAGGCAUAGACGACAGUACCAAGCUGCAAGAAACGUUGAGUGUUGCAUCUUCCAUUCCACACUUGAAAUUGAUCAGAGCAGAAUUCAAGGUUCCUGGUGAGAGUGUAGUGACACCUCAAUCGAUGCCUCACAUUUCGCUAAAGGUACUUGUGCGCUCUGCAAAGCACAAAUUUUUCCCACCAAAUUUGAUUCCCGACGAGAUGUGUCAAGAUAAGGAUGAUUUUGAAUCUUUGAAAGACCCAUUUGCAUCUCUCUUGGAACAACCCAAACUGCCGCAAACUUUUGCGCCUUACUACCCUGGCAAACGUAGCGGUUGUUGGUGUGCCUUAGUCGUUCUUCAAAAGGAUGGCAAAGUUAUACAGACUCCUAUGCUGGUUGAUAGAUUGUCGUUCGAAAAUCUGAACAAAGAUUUCGACAAGAGAACUGUCAAGAAUUUGGAUGAAGAAUUCAAACCAGAGGAUUGGGUCAUUGGUUCCAUCAAGAUCCCCUUCAGCCAGCCUGCUCCGGAAGAAAAAGGCGAUUUCUUUUUCAGAGUCAUUGUCAAAAGUACAGAAUACUUCGGCACCGAUUUAGAUUUCACCUUGUCGUUGUCCGUACGUGAUCCAUCGCCCGUUGAGCAGAUGGAGAAAGAGGCUGCGGAUGAGGCCUCCGAGUCUGACGAAGACGACAGCGAAUUGGACGAAAACGAUGACAGCAACGACGAGUCAGAUGAAGAAGAGAGCGACUACACAGACAUCGACACAGACACCGAUGAUGAAGAACCUGAAGCUGGGCGUGUGAGUGAUACAAAAGCAGAGGGCGACUCCGCUGAAAAUUAA